GUUGUCAAGCUACAGGCUUGACAGGUCUGCUAGGAUGACAGAUUUUUCGAGGAAGCUCAGUGGAGGGCUUCUCAUUUUCAUGCUCCUUCAGACCCAAACCUUUUGCUUCAAGGUGCUGCUCUUCUCAAAGAAGCCUCACACUACCACCCAUCAGCAAAUGACAGAGACUGCUAUAUUGCAGACCACAGCAGAGGCCUGCAGGACUCUGGCACAGGCUGAGGGAACAGACUUUGUGCUUCCGAAACCACUUACAGCAGAGUCCUUGGCAAAGGCUUGUGUGGCAUCUGAUUCUGCCAAACAUUUUCGGAGUUCAAUUAACCGCAUCAGACUAUUUAAUGGUCUUACAGAUUUGUAUGUAUUUUCGGAGGAGCGCCAUUUUGACAAUGAGAAGAUUUUAGGUGGCAGACAGCGUAUCAAACUUGGCUUAGACGCAGUGAAGGCAAAUAUCAAACAGGAUAACUUUGAUGCAGCAAGGAGGUCACUGGGACAAACCCUUCAUACCUUACAGGACUUCUAUAGCCACAGUAACUGGAUUGAGCUCGGACGGAGGGUCCCUUUCUCUGCUCUCAUCAAACCGGAUGUAGAAAUAAAUAACAUUGCAGGUAUUGGGACCCCUACCUGUGGAAACUGUGAUGGACAAAACUGUAAUAAUAUCCUGCAGAGCAUCAUUGAUGGACAGAUACUGACCACUGGAUAUUUCGGUCUAAAUCCUUUCUCAAAACCACCUGGUAAGUGCAGUCAUGGAGGAUUUGGGGAUGUCACAAGUCUAUUUCAUCCCAAACGUGGCAUAAACAAAGACGAUGAGGACUCGAUUCAUGGGGGCCUGCACGCUACUGCUGCUGCAGUCGCCACCAAUGCCACCCAAGAACUCCUUCAGGACAUCAGAGGUGCUGCGGGGGAUAAGAACUUCCUAAGGCUUAUGGGAAUGACAGUGCCAUCGUCAGUCCUGUGCUUUGUCAUUGACACCACAGGAAGCAUGAGUGAUGACAUCGCAGAGGUCCGGCGGGUGACUGCAAACAUUGUGAACAGUAGACGGGGAACUCUGGAUGAACCUCCAGAAUACAUUCUAGUGCCAUUCAAUGACCCAGAGUUUGGCCCUCUCAUGAGGACUACAGAUGCAGAUGUGUUCAUAGCGCAAGUGAAUGCCCUCACUGCUACUGGAGGCGGGGAUACUCCUGAGAUGAGUCUGUCAGGACUGCAGUUGGCAUUAACAGGGGCUCCAGAGGAAUCUGAAAUAUUUCUUUUCACUGAUGCACCUGCCAAGGAUACCCACUUGAGGAGCACUGUUCUUGCACUGAUUGAGCGCACAAGAUCAGUGGUAAACUGCAUGUUGACAGGGUCACUGGGAUCCCGCAGACGCAGGGCGGAUGAUGACAGUGGACAGAGUCAAGGGCUUCGGCUGUCCAGUCGGACGUCCACUCAGCUGUACGAUGAUCUGGCCCAGGCAUCAGGAGGACAGGCCAUCAAAGUCACCAAGGCAAACCUGCCGCAGGCUACCAGCAUCAUAGCAGAUUCCUCCGGAGAGGCUCUGGUGACCAUAUUUCAGGCUGUGAGAAACCCAGGAAAAGCAGAUAAUUUCUCCUUCACUGUGGAUAAUUCUCUGAGAAAUCUGACCAUGUACAUCACAGGCACCUCUCCCACAUUCACCAUCACAAGCCCGGCAGGCAUGACACAGAGUAACACUGCCUCCACUGGAGCUGUGGGGACCAUCCAGUCAGUGGGAAACUUCUGGACCGUCCGCCUGAACUCCACAGGCCAGGGAGGACUAUGGGGCAUCAGCAUGGCGUCCACACAGCCCUACUCCAUCAAAGUCACUGGUCAGAGUGGCAUUGACUUCCUCUUUGACUUUGUGGAGAUAUUCUCAGGUGCUCAUCCGACAUUUGACGUGUUACCAGGCCGUCCUUCUGCCAAUGAGAAUGCCACACUCCUCCUGACAGUGACAGGAGGCGACAGUGUCAGUGUUUCUGAGGUGUUGCUGGUUCCCACAUCGGGAGCAGAGGCGGUGGACACAACAGUGGAGGAAAGAGAAGGAGGGGACUACCUGGUGACCGUGGAUAGGCUGCCAGAGGGCGAGUUCAACAUUCGGAUCAGGGGGGAGACAAAUGCAGCCUCCAGGGCGUCGCCGGAUGUGUUUGAGAGACAGUCAUCCACCCAGCUCAGGACGUCUAGUUUGACAGUGACAGUGGCUGCAUUGAAUGAGACUUGGGAGCCUGGCACUAGCCUGACCGUCCCCUUCACCGUGUCCACUGAUGCCACCGGUGACAUCACCAUCCGAGCGACCAACGAUCGUGGGUUCACUUCUGAGUCCCCCGCCUCUCUGACCCCGGGGACAGGAGGACAGGCUGAAGGCACGGUGACUCUGACCGCUCCGCCCAGCACCACCUCAGGCACUGACGUCACGCUCACCAUCGAGGCGGAAACUGCUGGGGCCACAGAUUCCAACUACGCUGUGCUCCGCCUUUCAGUUGUUGCUGAGGUAACUGAUCUAUCCGCUCCCACAUGUGACAUAGUUGGUGUGAAUGCAAACUGCUCUGGCAACUGCAGCCUGUCGUGGGAGUUACUGGCCAAUCUGACGGACGGCGACGGCACGGGCAUUGAGCGCAUCACAGUCCGACAGGGCAGUGGCAGCCUCAACACAAGGGUGGUGACGGGUUCGGACGGCGUGAACGUGACUCUGGCCACCUACACGGCGUCCUGCUGCUCUGAGGAGGUGGAGCUGGUGGCUGUAGAUGCUGUGGGGAAUGUGGGGACCUGCUUCAGGUCCAUAGCCCCCCCACCCACCACGGCCACUUCUCCUACACCCACCACUACCACAAUGCAAACUGAACCUGUGGCUGAGACAACUUGGGAUGACAUCGAUGACAGCAUCUUCUCGGGGCAGUCGAGAAGUCUGGACUUGGGUCUUCCACUCUGGCUCAGCCUGAUUUCCUUCUGGCUCGUUGGGCCUCUGCAGCCCUGAGUCUGACUCAUCACCUGAUCCUCUGUUAUCAUCAGGGCCGGAUUAACGCACAGGCUAGAUAUGGCUGCAGCCUAGGGGCCCCCACCUACCAGGGGCUCCCUGAAUUGGCCAAAAGUGAAAAUUUACAGAAUUGUGACAAGAUUGAAAUGGUAAAAAUUCAUCUGUCAUGUAAAAUACAGUUGGUAGACAUGUUAUCCUUAAUUCCUUACUCAAAAUUAUGACACUGUCUAUUUAAAAUAGUAGGGAAAUUUGCCCUCCAGGGGGCCCCACAGGAACCCGUAGCCUAGGGGCCCCAGGUCAUCUUAAUCUGUCCCUGGUUAUCAUGUGCCUGUUGCCUCAUGUGACCAGCAUCUCAGCACUACUAAACUUGUUUGAAGAAGUAUUUUUUUUCAUAAAGUUCCUUUACUACUUUACUAAAAGCACAUGCCGAAAUUGUAAGGCUAUUUUACGUCUCGAUUAAAAAUAAAUACAUAAAUGAGCUUUCAGCACAAUAUUUUUUUUUACCUCCAAAGUGUGUCCCAAGUCUAGAAACUUCUUGAUUGUAAGAUGUUAUUAAUUAUACAACACUAAGAUGUGUCAACAAUAUAUUGUAACAGGGCUGUGCCUGUUACUUCCUGUAACUGGGCAUGCUGGGAGUGGGUUAUUUUGCUAAUGAUAAUAAUCUAUAAUAGUCUUUAAACUGUUGUUUGGGAAUGUUUAAUGUACUGGGGUGUUAUUGUGUGCAUGUUGUAUUCACAAUGUUGGGGUGGAUGGGCUAUGAUAUGUUUGCCACCAUUGUAAUGGAAAUUGGGGCAGGGAUACCCCUGGCUGUUAGCCUUGUGCUAUGUUGCCUGUGAAAUUAAACCUGAAUCUACUUAAAUUUAGGGUAACACUU